UGUGUCUUUCUUGUUAUAUCUCCUGUCUUUGCACUGGGAUUUCAUGAUUAACAAAUGUUGAAUUGCACGAAAGGCAACCACCCCUUGGACUGCCAGUCUAGACAGCCAGAACCAAUUAGAUUCUCUGAAAGCAAUCAAUGCCUUCAGAAGUUGGCGGAAUUCGCAGCUAUAUUCUUCAGCCAUCCCAGAUCACGACCACGCCAUGAUGUUCACAAGGUAUGAUUUAGUCUACCAGAGCAACGGGAAUAUCGCAGGGUUUGCUUACAUGCACGCGAUUUGUUCUUCUGGAUCGGUUUCUAUCGUCGAGGAUAAUUUUAACCUUAUCAGUUACACACUCGCAGCUCACGAACUGGGUCACAGUUUAGGGGCGACCCACGAGGGUAUAGGGAGCAACACAUGCCAGGAUGUUGGAUACAUCAUGUCUGCGCAGGUUUUUCCCCGGGUCAAGUCUUUAAAUCCCUGGAAGUUUUCCUCAUGUUCUGUUAACCAAUUUACCGAACAUAUCAACUCAUUGGCAUCAAAUUGCUUGUUGCAAGAGACAUCAACAGAAGAUAGAGAUGGACUGCAGGGGUACACAGCAAUCUCUAUUGGUCAGUUGUACCACGCGGACAAGCAGUGUGCGUUCAGUAUUGGGACUGGUUCUGUAGUCUGCAGGAGGUUAUACGAUUCCUCCAAUUUCCAAGAAAUCUGCACUGCUUUAUAUUGUACAUCUCAGGAUGGUAAGAGUUGUCGUCCAAUUUUCCCUGCAGAUGGCACCACCUGUGGAGAUCGGAAGUGGUGUCAAGAUGGCGUCUGUACUUACAAUAGUUCUAGCCCUAUUGCCGAUGAAACCUGUUUAUUUGGAGAUGAGCCGGGGACUGUUUGUACUCAGAUGAUGACGACCACUCCCUGGGGGUGUUAUACAGACUACCGCAAAUGUUGUAGUUCUUGUGAAGCAAUAAAGUCCAGUGACAGCGGUUGUCUCUAUGGAAACCGCGUAAAUUGUGACGUCUUGACGCUUGAUUAUCGUUUUAUGUGUUACAACGCUGCUACGUAUUCACAAUGCUGUGGGUCCUGUAAGAAAAUGUCCACCAAUAUUUCAGGUUGUCUCUAUGGAAACCGAGUGAAUUGUGACGCCUUGACGCUUGAUUAUCGUGUUAUGUGUUACAACGCUGCUACGUAUUCAGAAUGCUGUGGGUCCUGUAAGAAAAUGUCUACCAAUAUUUCAGAUUGUGAAUACGGAGACAAGAAUGAGGGAAUAAUAUGUAGUCAAAUCAAGCCCCAUCACUGUUACGACUCCAGUACCGCCGCGUCCUGUUGUGAGACAUGCUCCAAGUACGAAACUGACCGAUCAGGUUGUAAAUAUGGAGAUAAGGUGGACACAUGUGAUUUAAACUUUGACUGUUCUGGACAAGUCACAGAGGAUUGUUGUGCUACAUGUUAUAAAGAAACAACCACAACAACGACGACAACAACAACGACGACGACAGCAAUGCCAAGCACAACAACACUCAGUACCACAACAUCUAGUACAACAAUCAUCUCAACAACAAAAACAACAGCAACAACAACUCCAGUUCCAACAACUAAAAGAUCUACCACUACAGUUGUCCCAACAACUACAUUAUCUAUGACAGCUAUCACUAUACCUUCCCCUACAACAACCACAAUUAUAGCAAGCACAACUAAACCAGAAAGUACAUCUUCCCCAACGAUUUCAACUGUGCCAUCAUCGUCUUCAAGAAAGAUAACCAAGACAAAAUCAUCAACAACAAUGGAAAUACUUACAACACGUAUUCAAUCUGACAGCACAACAACUGAAUCUUCAAAUUUAGCAACACCGAAAAGAUGGGCUAACAAAGCUGCGAGGUCCAUACCCGAGACGACUUGGUUGGUCGUAACAGUGACGUGUGUCGUUUGUGCUCUUGUUGUUUUUAUUCUACUGUGAAGUUGCAGGAAAAAACCAUCAUCAAAGGAAGGACUUGUUCAAAUUGCAUAAAAGGCAAUAUAUUAAUAUCAUUUAGAAUCAUGAUUUUAUAUGACUUCUUACGUGUUACGAAUUCAAUUUUAAAAGUGCUGUAUAAUUUUGUGAAGCCCAUCUCUUUCCACAUGAUAAUCAUUACAUUACAGAAACAACAACA